AGUCGUGGAAGGUGCUCUUGCUUGGACGGUUCUCGAAUCUCUAGCAAGUCAACAAUGGGUGCUACAAAGGACGGCAAGACUCUUUUAGAAUCUGAUAACGUGAACGUCGAGGUGGAGGAAGUGAAGAAGUGGCCCAAGCAGUUUUCCUGGUACUUUGCCCCCACCUAUCUUCUCUUCUGGGUGGGGCUCUUCUUCGCCGUCAUCUACCCACUUUUCCAGGCUCUGCCCACCGGAAUCAGGAUCUCCGAGGAGGCGGAUAAACCAGGACAGUUUGUGGCCGAAAGAGCACAGAAUAUACUGUUGAAAAUAAGCCAGCUGGGACCCCGAGUGGUGGGUGAUGUUAACAAUGAAGUCACCGUUGUAAAUCUUCUCCUCGACGAAAUUGAAAAAGUGCGCCAGGUAUUACGUGAUGAUAUCUACGAAAUGGAGGUGGAGGUGCAACGCGCAUCCGGUUCCUAUUUGAUUAAGGGCCUCACCAAUCACUAUCAAGGUGUGCAAAAUGUGAUCGUGAGACUGAGUACGAAGAGUUCAAACAGCAGCAAUUACCUUCUAGUGAACAGUCACUACGACACCAAGCCGGGGUCACCUGGGGCCGGUGAUGAUGCCGCUAUGGUUGUCGUAAUGCUUGAAGUGCUUCGUCUGGUGGCCAGUUCAGGGGAUCCCUUCCUGCACCCCAUCAUAUUCCUAUUCAACGGAGCCGAGGAGCAACCGAUGCAGGGCUCACAUGGGUUUGUCACUCAGCACAGGUGGGCUGCCAAUUGCAAGGCACUUCUCAACUUGGACUCGGCCGGUGCUGGUGGACGCGAUCUGCUAUUCCAGGGCGGUCCCAAUCACCCGUGGCUGAUGGAACAUUACAGAAACAGUGCCCCACACCCGUUCGCUACCACUACGGCGGAGGAGAUGUUCGAGGCCGGGAUUAUACCAUCGGAUACCGACUUUAGGGUCUUUCGUGACUUUGGAGUGGUGCCAGGCUUGGAUAUGGCUGGCGUCUACAAUGGCUUCGUAUACCACACGAAAUUCGAUCGCUACACGGUGAUAAGCCGCGACUCUCUGCAGAAUUCCGGUGACAAUUUGUUGGCCCUGGUGUGGAGUAUAUCGAAUGCUGAGGAAAUGUAUGACACUGAGGCACAUGCUUUGGGACAUGCUGUGUUUUUCGACUUUAUUGGCCUGUUCUUUGUCCACUAUCAGGAGUCGACGAGCUUGGCCCUGAAUCUCUGCUUCUCCUUUGGAGCCAUCAUCCUCGUUUGUGUCUCAUUGUGGCGCAUGUCAAGAGUCACGGGCCAGUCAAUGGGCACCUAUGCUGGGGUGUUUGGCCUUCUGUUUCUACUGGCCCUCGCAGGAGUCCUUCUUGCUGUAGGUUUCCCCCUGCUCAUGGCAGUCUUCUACGAUGCGGGAAAUCGCACGUUGACUUACUUCAGUAAUAGUUGGCUAGUGAUUGGCUUGUACAUUUGCCCUUCGGUCAUUGGGCUAGUUCUACCUAUGACUCUAUAUCUGACGUAUAAGAAAACUGAGAAGAUCCCUCACACCUACUACUUACAUAUAGUCGGACAUGCCAACUGUGUCCUUUUGGCCAUCUUGUGCUUGGCCACAACAGCCCUUAAAUACCGUAGUGCAUACCUAUUCCUGAUCUCCCUCAUCUUCUAUGUCGCAGCUCUGAUCAUUAAUCUGCUGACCCGGCUGCAUUGUCGAGGCUAUCUUUGGUCUCUGGUGCUGAUUGUCUUCCAGAUACUACCCUUCAUAUAUCACGCCUACUUGUUUCACAUGUUCAUACUCAUCCUCAUUCCGAUGGUAGGUCGUUUCGGUGUGUCCACCAAUCCGGAUUUACUGAUUGGUGCUUUGUGUGCCUUUGGCACUAUUCUGGCCCUGUCCUUUGCGGCUCCCCUAAUUAAUAUUUUCCGUCGACCCAAUUGCAUGCUGGGUGGUUUGGCAGUCGUCAUGUUUAUUUUCUGCAUGAUUUCCGUCUCGGAUGUGGGAUUCCCCUACCGCGCCAAGACGAAUGUGAUGCGAGCGGACUUUAUGCAAGUGCAUCGUAAGUUCUUCGAGUACAAUGGUUCUCUGAGCCUCGAGGACUCUGGCUACUAUUUCCACCUGGGCGAUCGUAAUAAAGAGGCCCCUCUGCGGGAUUCCAUGAAUCUGACCGACCUAGUUCUCCUGGGCGAGGACUGCGACUCGGAGUUGAUGUGCGGGAUUCCCUGCUACCGAUAUUGUAGUGCCCGCAAAAAUGCACUUUGGUUGGCACGAGAGGAGCUCGUGGAUCUGCCAUAUCCCACUGUUUUGGAGUUUCUCAACAAGACAGUUCUUCCCGGUGGCUAUCAGGUGCGCUUCGAGUUCCGCCUGACUGGACCCCCAAACAUGGGCCUCUUCUUCAAGCCGCUGGAUGGCGUGAGAUUGCUUCGAUGGACAUUUGCCCCGGGCAUGUUGGACAAUCCGGCCACUUACAGGCCCCCUCUGGAGGUCAUGAUUACCUACGGCAUCGACAACACGCCCAUCGAGUUCUUCGUGGAACUUUCGAAGGACAACGGCAACUUUGAUGAGCCUGUUUUUGAGAUGGGCGUUUCCGGACACUAUGUGAGUCCCCAUGACAAGCGGGAUGCGCUGAGCGAAGAGUUCCUGGCCACACUUCCCGACUUUGCCUUCUCCAUGCAGUGGCCCAGUAGCUACGAACGCCAUAUAUUCUAGGAAAGUUGGCUGAUUAAAAUACCAAGUCAUUGACACUCCCGAAUCGAAAAGUUUAAGUUUUUUUUUUCAGGUGUGUAUGAAUGGGGAAAUGAAUGGGGAUCAAACAUUGGAUGCUGCAUUUCACAAUGCGCCGCUAGACAAACAUUUGGUGGGG